AUGUUUGCAAUUCGAACUACUUCGGUAGCAAGAGGAGCACUUGUUCAAAUUGGAAAUCCAACAACUAGCAAAAAAAGUAAGGCGAUUGCAUCAUUUUUGAAAGAAAUUCAUUUUUUCAGCCCAGUUUCAUAGUUCUUCGGUGUUAAAUAAGGAGGAUUAUUAUAAAACUUUGGGUGUUGAAAAGAAAGCCGAUGCAAAAACGAUUAAAAAGGCUUAUUUUCAGGUGAGAAUUUGAAAAACUCUUAUAAAAUUGAAAUACUUAUAAUGAUAUUUUGCAGCUUGCGAAAAAAUACCAUCCAGAUGUGAAUAAAACGAAAGAAGCUCAAUCAAAAUUCCAAGAGAUUUCUGAAGCCUACGAUGUACUUUCGGACGCAACAAAACGGCAAGAAUAUGACACAUUUGGAAGUGGAGGAGGUCCGAGAGCUGGUGGAGCAGCUGGUGGACAUCCUGGAGGUGGAUUUCACUAUUCGGGAAAUGUUGAUGUUAAUGAGAUAUUCAGGCGAACAUUUGGAGGAGGAAUGGUGAGUAUUCAAACAUUUUUGCUUGGAAUAAUAUAGUGGCAAUUUUUAGGGAGGAUUUAAUUGGGAUAAUUUUGCUGAUAGUCAAUUUGGUCAUUCUGCUGCUCAAGAAAUGGUGAUGGAUUUGUCAUUUGAAGAGGCGGUUAGAGGAGCGACAAAAACUGUGAAUGUGAAUGUUGUUGAAGAUUGUUUGAAAUGUCAUGGAACACAAGUUGAACCAGGAUAUAAAAAGGUAAGGCGAAGAACCUUGAAAUUGGUCAGGAUUUUGAAAAAGAUAGGGAGAUCAACUUCGGCACGAGGAUCCUUGAGUUAACCCAAUUUCACAUUUUUUAAACAAGAUUUCCGAUUCAUGUCGAAACUUAGCGCUAAAAUCUGAACCCUAUAUUUUUGCAGACAACUUGCCCAUAUUGUAAUGGAACAGGCGCUGUUUCACAACGUCUUCAAGGUGGAUUCUUCUAUCAAACAUCUUGCCAACGAUGUCGUGGAACUGGACAUUAUAAUAAAAAUCCAUGUCAAGAAUGUGAAGGACAAGGACAAACUGUGCAACGAAGAAAAGUAUCAUUCAAUGUGCCAGCAGGAACAAAUGAUGGAGAUAGUUUGAAGUUCCAAGUUGGUAAAAAUCAAGUAUAUUGUCGUUUUAAUGUUGCACAAUCUCUAAAAUUCCGACGCGAGAAAGAUGAUAUACAUUCGGAUGUUGAAAUAUCGGUUGCGCAAGCUGUUUUGGGUGGAACUGUUAAAGUUCAUGGUAUUAAUGCUGAUACUUAUGUACAUAUUCCAGCUGGAACAACAAGUCAUACAAAAAUGAGGUGAGUUAUUGUUUUUUUUUUUGAAAUGAAAAUUAGAGAGUUUUGAACUUUUUUUCAGAUUAACUGGAAAAGGAGUGAAAAAGAUUACAUGCUUCUGGUUAUGGCGAUCAUUAUAUGCAUAUAAAAAUCGCGGUUCCGAAAUAUUUGACAGCUGAACAAAAAGCGAUAAUGUUAGCAUGGGCUGCAACUGAAAGUAUAAAAGAUGGUACAAUUAAAGGAUUAGAAGAAGCACAAAAAACUCAGAAAAGUAGGUUUUUUGUUGAUUGACUGUUUUUAACCAUUUUUUCUGGGCCCGAAUUGCGCUCCUGGAACUUUACAAACUUCUGAAAAUCAAAAUCCAAAAAUCCAACAAAAAAAUUCCAGGAGCGCAAUCAUCGGAAAGUAAACCAGAGGAAGAAGCUGAAAAAGCUGAAACAGUCGAUGAAAAAAAUAAUGAAGAAGGAUUUUUCGGAAAAUUGAAACGAACAAUUUUUGGAAAUUAG